UGCAUAAUGCAUUCCGUAUAAUAAAAAAACUUAUGGGUGCGCACAGCGAGGUGCGCCAAGCAACCCCUUUUCAAAAACUGCAUUCAAUGUCUGGUUGGGUAAUUUCGAAUAGGUUUGUUCUAGGGUUUAACUCAAGCAGGUUUGCUUUGCCUUACUAUCUAAAAAAGCGAUGCAUUCUAGGUGCUUGUGAAUGUGUCUCAUUGAAUUAUUUGUUUCGUCAAACUUCUGUUGUUGCAUUUUCUCCCCGCAGCUUGUAUUUUCUUUUGAAUUCCACUGCUUUCAACAUUGAAGACCUAAAUCUGCUGCACAUAAACAAUUAGAGCAACACCGCACUGCCUUUCGAGUUCCGGUGGAAUAUGGGAAUCUGCAGUUGUGGCUACUGCUAGGCGGCGGCUGUUCUUGCAACCUGGAGAUAGCAAUAUAGCAGACUGGGGUGUGGCUUCUUCCUCUGCUUCUCAUUACUCUGAUGCUGCAGCCUUUGGAGACCUUUCUUUGGGUUUUAAUGCUGCUCAUGAUUCUGUCAGCACCGCCGUUGACGGUGGCAGUGCAUCCGCCGCCCAUGAUGGGCAGUGGAACUCCUCUGCCGCUAGGAAGAUGCAAAUCAACUACGGGUUCUCACCGGAUAUGGGUAUGUUUGUGGUGGCGCCGGCAGCCACCUUCCUCCACCACCACAACGGCUCAACGGCUUCAACGGUCAACCCCAACCGUAUCACUGGAUUCACAGCAAAGCCCCCCCCCCCCCCCCCCCCCCGCUUGUAUUGGCUUUGAAGGUGGAUCCACCCCUGCUCUCGGCGCCGGAGUGGGUGUGAUCCCUUUAAGCUCUUACUUUGAAAAUAAGAAAUCUGAUCUGGAUGGAGUUUUUGCAGAAUUGCAGGUGAAGGUUUGAUUAUAGAUAUGCUUUCAUGACCCUAUGAUUAUUUGUGUUAUAAAAGAUAGAAGGAUGGAUCAUUUUGAACUUUGAAGCAAUAUCACAUGAUGGAAUAUGAUGGAUAUCUUUGAAUCUUAAUACAUUAGUGUGUUUAUUAUUCUUGAAUGAAAUAUUGUACUAUCGUACAAAUUAAACAUUAGCACUUCGGAUUUAGUAAUGCAUUUAUUGUUUUUUGAAUAGUUUGACAAUACAAAUUAAACUGAAUAUUCCUUAUUCAGUUUUAGGGGUGGACUCGGGCCGGGCCAACCGGCCCGGAACUGGACCGGCCCGCUACCGUGCGGGCCCGGACCGGCCCGGCCAACCGGUUGGUGCACCGGUUCGGGCCACCCGGGCCGGUGGGAUGGCGGUUCGGGCUCGGGCCCUGAUUUUGGUGAACCGGCCCGGCCGGUUCGGGCCCAGUCCGGGCCGGAUUUUAAUUUUUUUUUUUUGAAUUUUUUUUAAGUUUUGGGUUGGAUUAGGUAUUUUGGGCCAUUUGAGGUGGUUUGGGGUGCUUUGGGGUUUGAGGGGGAGGGGGUUAAAAAGGAGAACCAAAAAAAAAAAAAAAAAAAUAGACCGGUUGGCCCGGUCCGGCCCGGAACCGGAACCGCCCACCGGCGGUUCGGGCCCGGGCCCUAGUUUUCUGGCCCGAGGCCCGGCCGGGCCCAGGCCCGAACCAGGCCCGAACCGGCCCGAGUCCACCCAUAUUCAGUUUUCUCAUUCGUAUAAUCGUAUGUAGUAUUCUUAUUCCCAC